CCGUUGGGGUGACAUUGACUGUUGGGGUGACAACAGUUGGGGUGACAAUGACAGUUGGGGUGACAACGACCGUUGGGGUGACAUUGACUGUUGGGGUGACAACCAUUGGGCUGACAACAGUUGGGGUGACAAUGACCAUUGGGGUGACAUUGACUGUUGGGGUGACAACAACCAUUGGGGUGACAACAACCGUUGGGGUGACAAUAACUGUUGGGGUGACAAUGACCUUUGAGGUGACAUCGACUGUUGGGGUGACAACAACCACUGGGGUGACAACAACCACUGAGGUGACAACAGUUGGGGUGACAAUUACUGUUGGGGUGACGACGACCGUUGGGGUGACAACAGUUGGGGUGACAACAGUUGGGGUGACGAUUACUGUUGGGGUGACAUUGACUGUUGGGGUGACAUCGACUGUUGGGGUGACAACAGUUGGGGUGACAACAGUUGGGGUGACAAUGACCGUUGGGGCGACAGUGACAGUGGGGACAAGCAACGACGGCGACGACGACGACAGAGUUGAUGGUGAUGGCGGUGACGGAGGGGAGGGUGGCAGUGGGAGCUGAGAGCGGCGGUGACAAACGGGGCGUUGGUGACGGUGACAGCGGGGUGUUGUUGGUGACGGUGACGUCUACCACCGCAGUUCCUGUGCCUGAGGAACAUCCGCACCUUCCUGACCGCCUGCGCCGACAAAUUCGGGCUCCCCAAACAUCGCCUCUUCGGGGCCUUCGACCUCUUUGACGUUCAGGAUUUUGGGAAGGUGAUUGAGACCUUGUCCACGCUGUCCUGGACACCCAUCGCUCAGAGCAAAGGCUUCACGUGAGGACGGGGGUCCCGUUCACGUCCCCACAUCCAUGGGUCCCUGCCCCAUAGCCACGGGACCCACGGCCCCAACCCCAUAGGACCCACAUCCCCAUAUCCAUGGGACCCACGUCCCCAACCCCAUAGGACUCACGGCCCCAACCCCAUAGGACCCACGUCCACAACCCCAUAGGACCCACGUCCCCACAUCCAUGGGUCCCUGCCCCAUAGCCACGGGACCCACGGCCACAACCCCAUAGGA